AGGCGGCUGUGGGCAGGAGGGCGCGGCGCAGUUUUUCUUCGGCUUGAAGUGUUCUCCGUCUGGAGGGAGGCAAGUGAGUUAUGGAUCAGCCCGUGCAGACAGAAGUAUGGAAACCGCAGACGUUAGAAGAGCUGAUCGAGAUCCUGCAUCAGUUGUUUUCUGGCGAUAAAGUCAAUGUGGCAGAAGUGCAAAACGCAAUGGAAUCUUACGACAGUAACCCCGAAGAGUGGACCAAAUAUGCCCAGUUUGACCAGUUCAGAUAUACGAGAAAUCUUGUGGAUAAAGGAAAUGAUAAGUUCAAUUUGAUGAUCUUAUGCUGGGGAGAAGGCCAUGGCAGUAGCAUCCAUGAUCACACGGAUUCACACUGCUUUAUGAAGAUCCUUCAAGGAAAUCUGAAAGAGACGCUAUUUGAAUGGCCGGGCAAAAAGGAAGUUGGCGAGAUGGUGAAGAAAUCAGAGAGAGUUUUGAGGGAAAACCAGUGUGCCUACAUAGCUGACUCCAUUGGCCUGCAUCGUGUGGAGAACCCAAGCCAUACAGAAACCGCUGUUAGUCUUCAUUUGUACAGUCCACCCUUUGAAACCUGCCAUGCCUUUGAUCAAAGAACUGGACACAAACAAAAAGUUAAAAUGACAUUUUAUAGCCAGUUUGGAGAGAGGACCCCAUAUGCAGCUUCAGUUUCACAAGAGAACAACUGAGGAGCACAAAGCCUGCUGACUAUGGGGAGGCUUAAAAAAAGAAGAAACUGGAGCAAAACAAUUGUAUGGUUGAUGCCAGUAGUAAACUGAGCUGAAUAAUCUGUCCCCACAGUUGCCGUGAUUUCUCAUUUUUGCAUACUAAAGGGAGUAUUUCCAUGGGUUACUGUAGCGUUCAGAUGCCUGUUGUAGUCAACCAUAAAAUCCGAGUCCCUUUUUGGAUUUGUACUGAUUAAUUUCACUGAGACUGUAAACAUAGAAGUUCAGAGCUUGGGCUUUUAAUAUGGCCUAAUUCUUUUUAGCAUCCUUACAUGUAUGAAUGUAUGGCAGUUCAACUUGCCAUGGAACUUUUUAACCUUCCCUCAACGUUAAUGUGGAUUCAUCCAUAGUACAUACUAUUAACAGUCUUGUUUGAUCUUGAAUUUAAUGACCCUUUGGAACCAUCAAAUGGUUUGUGCAUUUUCAAAUUUCAUUUGCAGAAUUUCAGUUUUUUAAAAGAAGGGAGCAAUAAUGAAUGUCCUGUACAAUGUUGCUUUUGUUCUGGAGGAAGUGUCUGUUUUUAAAAGUUGCUAAUUGUGUUGAAUAAGCUUCCAGUUUUCAAGGACCUUUGGAUAGUUAGGACCU